UUUAAUGCGUCAUCAUUAUGCGACGAGAGUAACGCGCGGGCAGGUUCAAAACAAUUAUAAGUGUUGUUUGUAUUUACGUGUCUUUUAGCGUAACUUAUAAAGUCAGUCAUGUUGAAGAAAGCGCCGAGAGCAGUUUUAAAAUCUCAAAUGAAAAAGAAAUCGGAAAUACGUAUUGGAAAAAACGCAGACUUGAUGGUCCAGCUGAAUCUGCUGCUUGUCUUACAUCGACUGGCAGAAGAGUCCAGAAUCAAGGCCUUUGAGGAGAAAACGGCUACUAUCAAAGUGCACCAUGUUAAAGCCGUUGCAAAGAAAUUGUUGAAGAGCACAAGAGGAUGAGGUGGAACACAUUGCAUCCUCUGUGAUCAUGACAGCCCACAGUCUGAGAGAGCCCAGGUAUCCAGUGUACUCCAGACUCACCCUUUCACUGGGGCCAGGACACAUGAGUCAUGCCAUGAGUCAACAUAUGCUUACCAUUUGCUCAUCUUUACCAUAGCAUCUUCUUUGUCUUUUUUUUUGAAUUUGACUUUUUUUCUUUCUUUUUUCAGUGUGUAGUCCUAAAAUGUGCAACCUGCAAGAUAGUGUGUAAACCCUCCCUCUCAGAUUAAUUCCCUGUGGAGAUCUGUUCACUUUUUCUCUCCAUUACUGUUGACCUUUUGCUUUAGAGUGGUGUUGGGAAAUAGCUGUGUAUAAACUUUUAGUCCGUGACUGAUGGUAUCAGGCCUGAAUAUCCGUAGCCACAAAUGUUUUCCUCCUGCAUUUUGGAUUUUUAUUAGUACUUAAUGUGUGUUAAUAAACAAUUUGUGCCACUUAACUUGGGCGUAAUAUGCUUCCCUGAUACUCCCUCUGCCUCUUCCUCCCUUUAAUUUUAUGUGCAUCCGAAUAAAAAAGAAAACAAAAUAAAUCUUUGGCCAAUUGCCACAUGCAUCAGUAGAACUAUUAUCUUAGAGCCAAUCCUCAAAGCAGGAUUAUAGCAAGAUUUUUAGCAUGAAAGGAAAUACAUGUUAUCUUUGUUGACACAAUAUCAAUCUUCUAAGACUGUUGCUUUCAUUUAAACUAAUUAUAUACAGAUCGUUACUUGGUUUUCUCUUAACACAAUCACUUAUUUUAAAAUAUCUCCAUUGAGGCCAAGCAUUUGGCCCAUUGGUACAUCUAGUGCUAAUGAACUCUUCCUGCAUCAGGACACUGACUCUUUGCUAGUUUGGAGAGUUAAAAGAACAAAGGACUUGACCUUGUACCAGAGGAAAGCAAAUGUUUGGGUCUCCCUUUGUGUGUGUAUGGAUGCCAGGGUAUCCCACUGAUGACCACAUGGUCUGGGAGGCACCCAGCCCUAAUCCCACUGUCAGAAUUAAUUGGAAUGUCUCUGCUGUGCAUCCAGUGCUUUGCUUACAGAGGGCUUGAGCUUUAAAAACGCAGACUUUGAUAGCAUGUUUUUUCAAAAGAAAUAGAAUGUUUAACAGACCUUCAGCUCCACCUUUCUUAUCUUAAUCCAGCAACUUGAGUCACUUGCCCACUGGAAACAGAUGCUUUUUCCCAUCAGUUUAUUCAUCAUGUUUCUGCAUGCUGUCUGAUUAGAGACUGAGGUCAUCCUGUGAGGGUUGUUUGACUGUGGUCAUGACCUGUCCUUCACCUUUCUUGACCAGUAGAGGGCGACCAUGCUGAAAAUACUGUCAUCUUUGAAUUCAUUACUGUGAAGCACAGGGUGCCUUCAAAGCCAUGCAUAAAUAAUUGUUUUUUCUUUUUUUUUGAAGAUGUAUGUACAAUCUAGAACAGUCAUAUGUUGCACCAAACACUUAAAUAAUGCAAAUAAAAGAUUUAAAAACAUAAAAAGGUCUUUCUUAACGGAUCAUUCCAGCAUAAAACUAGCAUUUAUUUUUAUGUUGUAUGUCAUCACAUUUACUGUUUUGUUUUUAUGUAAGGAAACAAAUUGUUCAAUCUUUGUGGAAUUAUACUUUCAAGCAGCUAAUCAAUAUUCGUGUAGCCGUGUUUGUAUCUGAACAAAUUAACGACCGAUUGUGUUGCAGGAAAUAUGAUUUGUCUGUAUAUAAGUUUUGAAUGAUUUUCUCACAUUCAAUAAAGUUUAAAAUUUUUAAAUCAAA